GCCACCAUUACAAUUUCUUACCCAUACCAUCAUCCCCUUGACUUCAGUCUUCUCCCUUGACGGGGGCGGCAAUCUCUUCUUCUUCUUCUUCUUCUUCCUUCUUAGCUACUUUCUCUUUUGUCGGUUACUCUUCCUUUAAGAUCUCAUCUUGAAAGUCUUACAUUCCCUUUUUUAUUCACCCCCAACGUAAAAAAUGGCAUCCUCUAUUACGCUUUCACGUGAUUCUAACUCCUACUGGACUCCAAAGCAAAACAAGCUAUUUGAAAGGGCACUUGCUGUAUAUGACAAGGACACCCCAGACCGCUGGCAAAAGGUGGCUGCAGCUGUGGGGGAGAAAUCAGUCGAGGAAGUAAGAAGGCAUUAUGAGAUCCUAGUGAGGGAUCUCAUGUAUAUAGAAUCUGGUCAAAUCCCCAUACCCAAUUACAAAAGCACUGGGAGUAACAGAAGAUGAAUUGCUGGGGUGCAAAGGUUUAUGAAGAAUCUAAGGCUCCAAUGAAGCACAAGUUUCAGCUGCACCGUCAGAGAAUCUGUAAAAACUAAAAUAAAAAGAAUAAAUUAUAAAGAACUGGAGAAUUUGCAUCGUGAUUCUCCCUGUCUUAUUUUACAUUGAGUGAUCGAGUCAGUUUGGUUUUUUCUUUUUGUGUGUGUGUGUCAGUUUGUUAAUAUGACAACAAAAGUUGAACUCUACAAUUAUUAAGUUUGUGAGUAUUGUACUGAAGUUACCAGUUUUAAAUUUAAAAAAAAAGUAUUACUACUAAA